AUGUUUACUGUGUCACAGCAAUUGCAGGAGUGCAGUGAAGACGAAGAGGAUCGGGAGUGCCUAAAACAAGCCAUUACUGCUCUUCUGAACCUGCAGUGCAGCAUGGAGCGCAUUUACAGCAAACACUCCCCAAGACGCCGGCCUGGGGAGCCAGUCUGUCGCUUCUAUAACCGUCAAAUAAGAAGCAAGCACUUGGCCAUCAAGAAAAUGAAUGAAAUCCAGAAAAAUAUUGAUGGCUGGGAAGGCAAAGAUAUUGGGCAGUGCUGUAAUGAAUUCAUAAUGGAAGGUGGCUUGACAAAAAUAGGAGCCAAACAUGAACGCCACAUCUUUCUCUUUGAUGGUUUAAUGAUCAGCUGUAAAACUAAUCACGGUCAGUCACGGCUUCCCGGUUACAGCAAUGCAGAGUAUAGACUGAAGGAAAAAAUCCUCAUGAGGAAAAUACAGGUUAUUGAUAAAGAUGACACAGCUGAAUAUAAACAUGCUUUUGAACUGGUGUCUAAAGAUGAAAACAGUAUCCUGUUUGCUGCCAAGUCUGCUGAAGAGAAGAGUAAUUGGAUGGCCGCUCUGAUUUCCCUCCAGUAUCGCAGUACUCUGGAUAGGAUGCUUGAUUCAGUAUUACUGCAAGAAGAAAAUGAACAACCACUGAGGUUGCCCAGCCCAAGCGUGUAUCGUUUUGUAGUGGAAGAUUCCGAGGAUAACAUCGUUUUUGAGGACAACUUGCAAAGCAGGAUUCCUAUCAUCAAAGGAGGAACGGUUGUGAAAUUAAUCGAAAGGUUAACGUACCAUAUGUAUGCAGAUCCUAAUUUUGUACGUACUUUCCUUACCACGUACCGCUCGUUUUGCAAGCCCCAGGAACUGCUGAGUUUACUGAUUGAAAGGUUUGAAAUCCCAGAGCCUGAGCCUACUGAAGCAGACAGGCUGGCCAUCGAGAAAGGGGAGCAGCCUAUCAGCGCCGACCUGAAGCGAUUUCGCAAGGAAUAUGUCCAGCCAGUACAACUCAGAAUAUUGAAUGUUUUUCGGCACUGGGUUGAGCACCAUUUUUAUGAUUUUGAAAGAGAUCCGGAGUUACUAGAGAGAUUGGAGACGUUUAUUUCCAGUGUAAGAGGAAAAUCCAUGAAGAAGUGGGUGGAAUCAAUUGCUAAAAUCAUCAAGAGAAAGAAAGCUCAAGCCAAUGGGAUUAGUCACAACAUCACCUUUGAGAGCCCACCUCCCCCAAUCGAGUGGCACAUCUGGCGCGUUGGGCACAGCGAGGCGCUGGACCUCAUGACUCUGCAUCCGAUCGAAAUCGCUCGACAGCUGACGCUCCUCGAGUCCGACCUUUACAGGGCAGUGCAGCCUUCCGAGCUCGUUGGUAGUGUGUGGACUAAAGAAGAUAAGGAAAUUAACUCCCCAAACUUAUUGAAAAUGAUUCGUCACACUACAAAUCUUACUCUUUGGUUUGAAAAGUGCAUCGUGGAAACCGAGAACUUUGAAGAGCGAGUGGCUGUACUGAGUAGAAUUAUAGAAAUCUUGCAGGUUUUUCAAGAUCUGAAUAAUUUCAAUGGUGUUUUGGAGAUCGUCAGUGCAAUGAACUCUGUGUCAGUGUACAGACUAGAUCACACAUUCGAGGCACUACAGGAAAGAAAAAAAAGAGUUUUGGAUGAAGCAGUAGAAUUAAGUCAAGAUCAUUUCAAAAAGUAUCUAGCGAAGCUCAAGUCGAUCAAUCCACCCUGUGUGCCUUUCUUUGGAAUAUACCUAACAAAUAUUUUGAAGACAGAAGAAGGGAAUCCUGACUUCCUUAAAAGACAAGGGAAAGAAUUAAUUAACUUCAGUAAGAGGAGAAAAGUGGCUGAAAUUACAGGAGAAAUUCAACAAUAUCAAAACCAGCCUUACUGUUUGCGGAUAGAGCCAGAAAUUCGGAAAUUCUUUGAAAAUCUCAAUCCUAUGGGGAAGAUACCGGAAAAAGAGUUUACAGAUUAUCUGUUCAACAAGUCAUUAGAAAUUGAACCUCGAAACUGCAAGCAACCACCUAGAUUU